AUGAAGGUCGAGGGACGGGCAGGUCGCGCCUCAGUCCUCCGGCUGCUGAUGCGGACCUUCGGAUGGAGAUACGUAUUCAUCCUGGUAACGUUUUCCGUCUGGCUCGCAAGUCUAUCGCUGCUGCCCUUCCUCACCGAAAGCCUGUUUGAAUGGCUUGCAGAAGGCAGCAGCCCUGCGGCCGGACUGGGAUGGUGUGCAGUCCUAGUGGGAAGCUACCUCGUGAACUGCAAUGCAGCCUGCCAGUGGUAUCAGCAGACCACGUUCCUGGGCUGUGAGCUGCGUCUUCCGCCGGGCACUGCAGCUUCAGGUGCAUUCAUUGAGGUCUGUGCCGUUUCGGCUCCGGCUGCUCAGCCCCAAGCAGAACUGCAAAAUCCACAGCCCGCGCUGCGGGCCAACUUCAUGAAGUUGCUCCUGUUUGUCUUUGUCACCAGCAUCGUUUCCACUAUUGCCGUUCGCAAGGGAGAGGACCUUCGUGCAGAGCAGGGUCACCUCCAGGAGAUCCAUCAGCAUGUGAACCAGACCGCGGCGGUUUCGAGGCCGAGACCUUACAAUCCUUACAUCACGGUGUCCUCCGACGUCCCUGCGCAGGAAGUGUGCUGCUGCUGCAAGCUUGUGGGUGAAUGUCGGCUCAAUAACAGCUACGUCAGGGACAAAUCAGCGAGCUGCAGCGAGAAGCUCGCAGGACCCAGUUAUGUCUGCUGGAAGCCGCGGGGUUUCGAGGUGGUAACCCUGCUAAACAGAUACAUAAAAGCCGGCAAAUGGAACCAGUUCGACUGUGCAUAA